CUAAAACAGUAAAACCUCUGUUUUCUGACUCCGUCAUCACCAAAAAUCAACCGGUCUCUCGCAUUUUCAGGACUACUCAGAUCCGAAAAUCUCUCUAUCUAUGCUUUCUCUUUCUGGAUAGGUUUGUUUUUCAAACCCCUCAUUUCGAUUUUUUUGAAAUUCUGUUAUGCUUUAUCUUUCGCUCGUCCAUCAUCCAUCGUUGGAUUCCAAUUCAAUCAAUGGCUUUAACCAAUUGUGUGUAGAAAAUUCUCGCAUUUUCUCUCUGAAUUCAGUUGGUUAUAGACUAUAUUCUCGAUUUUCUAUCAAUGUGCUUUUUUUACUUUGGUUAACCUCGAUCUCGGUUGGUUGUGGAUUCGUGUCCCAUGAGCACAUUAUUGCGAUUUGUUUAUGCAGAAUUGGGUUUUGUUUAUGUGGUUUGAAUUUCAAUCUUUAUUGUUUUUUAUUGGUGCAUUUAGAAAGUGAGGCUUGAAUUCGUUGACUCCAGAACAAAUUCGAGUGAUCAAGACUUGGGUUAUCAAAUUUAACAAUCACUAAUUUGAGAAAUGGCAUUUGUUACAGAGGAACCACACAUUUAAAAUGCAUGUUGGAUGGUACACUGAUUAGAAGUUGCUUGUGGAUUCGUGUUUCAUGAGCACAUUAUUGGGAUUUCUUUAUGUGGAAUUGGGUUUUGUUUAUGUGGUUUGAAUUUCAAUCUUUAUUGUUUUUUAUUGGUGCAUUUUGAAAGUGAGGCUUGAGUUCGUUGAUUUGAGAAGAAAUUUGAGUGAUCAAGACUUGGGUCAUAACUCCAACAAUCACCAAUUUGAGAAAUGCCAUUUUCGAUUCAGGCAUCUAAAAUGCAGGUUGGACACCAUUUAGGAUUGAUGGUUACGUUGAAAAAAAAAAUAGUAAAUGCACUUCAUUAGUCUGAGUAUAUGGGUGUUUGAUGGGAAUGUUGAUAAAAUCACAAGCUUAAUACUGCAUGAGUUGCAGUCAACUAGACUGUGUUUUGUUUUAGAAAUAGAAAACGAUUGUACAUUUUUCUAUAUUGGAACAGAAGACUGUAAAGUUGGAUCACCAUGGGUUGCAUUUGCUCAAAGGGAAUUUCUGCAAGUGAGUAUGGUGAGAACCAUGUGAGGGAUAAAGAAUCCAAAAAUUCUUCAAAGCGGCUUGCUGCAUCCUCAAGAAGAGAUGAAGUUACAGUUGAGGUUGAUAAUGGUGGUAAUGAUGCAACCUCGGGGCUUAUAUCGACAGGACCCACUGAUGAUGAGAAUGCGGGCUCCACCCCACCUGCUUGGAAUGAGGGGAAGAAGGGUAUGGUUGUUGUGAAGCCUGCAAAGUUCCAUAGUGAAAGAUGUGCGACACCAAAUGUUGGUAUGAGCAAUGGACAACCCCAGAUGUCUAGUGUUUUUAGCAUUAGUAGUGGGCCUAGUGCCAUUGCUGGACCACAAGAUGCUACUGGAUGGCCAUCUUGGUUGACUGCAGUAGCAGGGGAAGCUAUCAAAGGGUGGGUACCUCGAAAGGCUGACUCAUUUGAGAAAUUGGACAAGAUUGGACAAGGGACUUACAGCAGUGUGUACAGAGCCCGUGAUUUUGAGACUGGCAAAAUUGUUGCAUUAAAGAAGGUCCGUUUUGUCAACAUGGACCCAGAAAGUGUCCGUUUUAUGGCAAGGGAAAUUCUUAUUCUGCGUUGUCUUAAUCACCCAAAUGUUAUGAAGCUCGAGGGUCUAGUCAUUUCGAAGGUGUCAGGCAAUUUAUGCCUUGUAUUUGAAUAUAUGGAGCAUGAUCUUGCUGGACUUAUAGCAUCACCCACAAUCAAGUUUUCUGAACCACAGAUCAAAUGUUACAUGCAACAAUUGUUUCGUGGACUUGAGCACUGCCACAGUCGUGGUGUCCUGCACCGUGACAUCAAGGGCUCAAAUAUUCUGAUUGACAACAAUGGAAAUCUCAAGAUUGGUGAUUUUGGGCUGGCGACCUUUUUUCACUCCAAUCCAGAGCAACCUCUAACAAGCCGUGUAGUAACUUUGUGGUAUAGACCUCCUGAGCUUUUGCUUGGUGCUACAGAUUACGGAGUUGCUGUUGAUUUGUGGAGUGCUGGUUGCAUCCUUGCAGAACUGUAUGCCCGGAAGCCAAUCAUGCCUGGAAGAACAGAGGUGGAACAACUGCAUAGAAUAUUCAAACUUUGUGGCUCCCCAUCUGAUGAAUAUUGGGAAAAAACAAAAUUGUCUCAUGCAACCAUCUUUAAACCUCAACAUCAAUACAAGCGGUGUGUUGCCGAGACAUUCAAGGACCUUCCUUCUUCAGCUUUAGCUCUUUUGGAUGUCCUCCUUCAAGUUGAACCUGAGGGCCGGGGAUCGGCUUCUUCUGCACUUCAUAGUGAGUUCUUCACCUCAAACCCUCUUCCCUGUGAUCCAUCAAGUUUGCCCAAGUACCCACCUAGCAAGGAGUUAAAUGUCAAGCUUCGAGACAAGCAAGCAAGAAGGCAAAGAGUAGCUGCUGGUGAAGGGCAUGCACAUGAUUCUAACAGAAAAGGCUCCGGAGAAUCUAAGGGAAUGCCAGCAUCAGAUGCUAAUGCAGAGUCGCAGGAGUUCAUAUAUCGACAAGGGCAGUCAAACACUAAAUGCAACAGUCAACAAUACAAUCGUGAAGAUUUCGGUGGUUCUGGCUUCCCUAUGGAGCCUUCUAGAGGAAUGCCACAAGAUGGUCUCUUCCAUUCUGACCAACUGAUUCAACCCAGUGCUUUUGGAUCUUCAGUAAAUGAAGGUGAAUCCCUCUUGGGUUCUCAACGACAAUUUUCUUCUUCAAAGAACAGUCCAAUGUUGAGGACCGAGAAAUCUUUUGGGCCCGAGGGAUUCGCUCAUUUCUCGUUGUUUUCCAAUUCAGUUGGAGUUCAAGGCAGUUCAAGGUUUGAUAUGAGCAAAGAGACAAGUGGGAAUCCACACUGGCCAGAGGACCGUCUAAAUGUCAGGUAUAAUCAGCUGGAUGAUGCAGGGUUCUCUGUAAACCAUGAAUGGUCCCACCAUUUGCUCGACGUGCCAAGGUCUUGUAAGGAUGAACCAGCACCUGGAAACGAGUCUAUGAGGGUUUAUGCUCCAAAGAAGAAUCGGAUCCACUACUCGGGUCCAUUGCUUCCUUCAGGUGGAAACAUUGAGGAAAUGCUUAAGGAGCAUGAGAGGAAGAUCCAACUUGCUGUUCGCAAAGCUCAUCUUGACAGUGUCAAGACAAAGAAAAUGUAUGGUGAUAAUGGACAAACUCAUUCGCUACUGCAUUAUGGGUGAAACAGCCCUGUGACCUUUCAGAGCAAUUUUGUGACACCUAUAUGUGGAUCUCAAAACUCCAGCAGAAGUGGUUCUCAAUGUUGGCCUUUGAGCAAGUCUCAUUGCUAUGAUAGGACUGGAACUUUAAGGACCUUUGGCUUUCGCGGCAUCAGAAUAUCCCUUCCAUAUAUAUCCAAGGUAUGCUACAAAGUUUCCAAUCUUCAAAAGAGUUUAGUUGAAGCAACUUUUUUGAGUAGUUGAGAAACAAAUCAAAGUCUUGGCCAAUCAUGGUUAGUGAGAUUGACAGACUGCUCAGUGGUCAGUCACUUAGUUGUUUGACAGAUGAUUUUUUCUAUUUAAAAAAAAAUGAUUUUUAUUUUUAUUUUGCUAGAGAUAGUAUUGUAUAGAUCAUUUUAAUGUGAUGGUUGAGCCAUUGGUGCAAAAUUCUUGGCCAAUCAUGGUUAUUGAGAUUGACAAACUGCUCAGUGGCCAGUCAUUUAGUUGUUUGACAUAUGAUUUUUUCUAUUUUUUUAAAAAAAUUAUUUUUAUUUUUAUUUUGCUAGAGAUAGUAUUGUACAGAUCAUUUAAAUGUAAUGGUUGAGCCAUUGGUGCAAAAUUCAAGGAUUUUGACACCUCAGGCCACCACCAGUUUUGAGCAAUUUGCAGCAAUAUAAUUUCUUACCAAUAUACAUCAAUGGGACACCACAUUUUUUUCUUUGAUCAGUCCAAAUACUCUUUGUUGUAGCAUUAGCUCAUGGCCUAGGAGAAAAAGAAGUGCCCUAACAAUAAUGUGUUUGCGGCUUUGUGGCACCAAUCAAAAUUAAAAAUUUAAAAAAAAAAAAAAAA